CCGCAACCGCUCAUAAAUAUCAAAAGUUCCAUCACGAUCACGAAACAAAAACAAAACUUUUUUAUUUUUCUUGUCUUAAGGAAGUAAUGAAUCCAUAAAUUCUUUUUACUUGAUUUCUAUUUUAAUCCUUAAAAUGGAUGCUCUUUUAAGAGCUGAGAGAAUUGGUUAUCUUGCUGCAUUAGGAGCUGGAGUUGUUUUGGGAAUCAGCGGAAUAUACCAUUAUUUUAAAACAAAUCGAUGUGUAACUCGUGAAUUACAUCAACUAUCUGGCACUAUUGAUAGCCUGAGACGAGAAAUCGAAGAAUUAAAGUCAUCAGCAAGUUUUCGCUCUGAAAACAUAACAAGAUCGCCGAUUAAAAAAAGUCAUUUAGUCAAUUCGUCCACUCCUCCUAGUAAAUACUAUAGUUAUACUAGUAGUAUUGAUGAUGAAGAAGAAUAUUUUGAUUUUACAGAUACAGAAGAAAUUGAAGGAGCCUGGGCCAGCAUCAAUGGAUCUCGUGAAGAAUUGCACAAAGAUAAUGUGGAGGCUCUAUUUGAAGAGCUAGAUUCGUUAUUAGAUAACAGCUCAACAGAUAAAGUGUCUGUUUAUAAUAAAAUAUUUGGACUGAAAGACGAGUAUAUGGAUAAUGCCAACUUUUUAUGGCGUCUUGCAAAAGCAACUCAUCUUUAUGGUAUUGUAGUACAAAGUCAAGAUGACACAGAAAAGAGAAAGGAACUUGCUUAUGAAGCUUAUGAAUAUGCAAAAAAAGCGUAUGAGUUAGUGAAAGAUAAUCCUGAAGUUCAUAAAUGGUAUGCUAUAACGAUUGGCUCACUGGGAGAUUAUGUAGGAGUGCAAGAAAGAAUUAUAAAUGGAUAUACUUUUAAAGAGCAUGUUGACAAGGCAAUUACUCUAAAACCUCAGGAUCCAUCUCUGCAUUAUAUGCUUGGUCGAUGGUGCUAUGAGGUUGCUACAUUACCUUGGUAUGCAAGAAAAAUAGCUUCUACUUUAUUGACAGCUCCUCCAGAGUCUACUUUAGAAGAAGCAAGGACUUAUUUAUUUCAAGCGGAUAGAUUAAAACCUGAUUGGAAAGAAAAUCUUUUAGUGUUAGCCAAAACCUACAUCAAAGAUGGUAGUUACUCUGAAGCAAUAUCAACUAUUGAUAGAGCCUUACUUAUUCCAGUAAAAGGAGAAGAUGAUGAAAUCAAUCAUAAGGAACUUGAAAGCUUAGAAAAACAGUAUAACACAUAUCGGAAUUCAUAAAGAAAUAUUGGAUAUUUUCUUUACAAUUGUUUCUGUUAUUGAAGUAUAUUAAAUAAAAAAGCAAGUAAUAUAUUUAAACAAUUCUUCAUAUUUAUUGAUCGUCAAUUGCAUAGUGUUUAUCUUAUAAUUGUUUGUAUUUUAUUUCUUGCCAAAUGUAAAAACGUGUGGGAGAUUUUAAGAUCAAAGUGACUUGCUAGGUUGCACUUUAAUUAAAUUGAUUGGUUGCAAUGCAUAUAAUUUAUUCACUUGGUUUUAUGUAAUUUAACAAUUGCGUUAAUAAAUUACUUUAAUUGAGAUUAUUUUUAUUUGAUAAACCGUUAAAACUUAUUUUUAUUCACUUAACUAAAGAUGUGUGUGUGUUGUUAGAAAUUAUGUGAAGCUUUUAGUAUUGAAUUGACUUGUUAUGACUUGACUGACCAGUGGCAAAAAUUAUUUAAUUUUGUUUGUUAUGUGCUUUAUCAGUUCAUCUUAGUUUUUUGUUUAAUUAAAAGCUUUUUUAUUCACAACACUCGAAAUUAGAUUUUUAUAAAUUAAAAAAAAUGUUUGAAGUGAUGUUAAAUGUUAAAGUUUUCAAACUUUUAGAAUCAGUUUGAUUUAGAAUGUCAUUCCAUUUAUUUAAAUUUUAUAAGAAUAAACUUAUUUUUAAAGAAAAACUAUGUUGUUAAUGUGUAAUAUGAUAUUGUCCAAUCUGUUUCCUUAUUUAUUGUUAGUUAUUAGAUAAAUUAUUACAAUUUGCGCAUAUUUUAGAACAUUUGUUACACAUUGUUAAAAUGUAUUUGUUAUUUGUUUCUAUACAAAUAAAAUAUAUCAUGUUAAAUUAGUAUGUGUUAGUAAAGAAAUAGUAACUUUUUGCACAUUUGAUCUCUUUUUUUAGUAUGAAAAGCUUUCGUUCAGUUAUAAUUCAACUAUUUUUGGGAUUAUUAUUGAUGACUUUCUUUAUUCAAAAUAACUCAUCGUGAUUAAAGAAAAUUACAUAAUUAUAUUAGUUAAUUUUCUUUUUCUGUGCACAAGAAUCUCAAAAAUUGUUUUUUUUUUUUUUUUUAAAUUUUCUGAUUGAAAUAUUAUCUGUUUCGAUAGUAAAAUGUGCAGACAAAAUAUGUAUACAUAUUUUUUUUGACAUUAUCAAUUAACAACUAGUUUAAAGCUAUUUUUACUUUUUAUAUGGUAUUUUUGUUUUUCUCCAUUUAGUUAUAUUUUUUAUUUUAACACUUAAAUAUUUUUAUAUGAAUGAGCCUUUUGUUUACUUCAACUGAAUUCCACUAUGAUUCAGAUGUAUGUCAAAUAUUUAUCAUUAUUUUUUUAUAAGUACAUUGUUAUUAUUUUUAAUUUUAGGUUGUUUUUAGUACGUUUUAUUUAUAGUAGCAAAAUUUUAAUUUUAACCCCACUAAAAAAAAAAAAAGAAAUAAAUAACAUUUUAAUCAGAACUCACAAACAAAUAUAUUUUUUGGGAAGCUUUACAGCCUUAUGCAUGGUGUUGAAUUUUGUUAGAAAUUUUGCUGAGUUUUUACAGUUUAAAUUUGAAAAUAUUGAUUAAAUUUGAAUGAAUAAAGGAAAAGUUUUGUUCAUAGUACUGAUAACUAAAUAUUUUAUCAAAAUUUAUUUAUUAAAAAUUUGUACAGAUACCUGCAUAAUUUUAGACUCAUUUUAAAUCUUAAAAUUUAAAAAAAAAUUUUUACAAUUUAGUAUGCAAAAUUAUUAUUAGUUUGAUUUUUCUCCUCCAGUUAUUUAAACUUCCCAGUUAUUUAUUUCAUUAAAGAACUUGAUUCUACUUAAAUUUUUGUUUAAUCUUUUGUUUCAUUUCUCAAUAUAGUUUCAAAAUAAUUACCCAUUUCAUUUAUUAAUGUUCAUUAUUUAUUGUGAAUUCCAUGACAAAAACAUUAGCUGUAAAUAAAACAGUGUUUUUCCUUUAAAAACAUUCUUAAAAUUAACAUUUAAUGAAAUUUUGUAAUAGUAUUGAGUUGUGCCUCUAUUUUUUUUUUUAUUAUUAUAAUUAAAACUACCAUUAAAUCAAUUAUGAACUACCAGAUAAAUUCUUUAAUUUAACGUCCUAAUUAUUUCAUUUUCUAAAUAUAAGUCUUUUUCCUGUUAUAAUUAUAAUUGUUAUGACAAAGAUUAAUAAGUAAAUUCAGAUGCUGUAACUUAUGCAUCUGAAUAAUGGAAAAGUAGCAUAUAUUAUAUAUUUCACCCUGAAAUGUUGAAAUACUUUUAGAACAUUUGGUGCUAAUUAUGUGGACCAUGAUUUUAACUUUUGUUAAAAAAAAUCAUUUUCUUCAUUUAAUUUAAAUUAUACUAAUUCCAUUUUUUUUUUUCAAUUGUUUGAAAAUCAAUGUUUUCUAUAAAAAAAUUAAGCAAUAUAUAUGUGCUUUUACUGAAAUCAGAAAGAAAAUUGUAAAUGUUAAAUAGAAAUUGUUUGUGUAGAAAAUAUUAAUGAUUUCAUAUUUUUGCUUGGCAAUAUGUUGUAUAUUUUUUUUAAAAUAUUUUUUUAUAAUUUUGGUCAAUGCAUUUAAAUUAGUAUUUAUAAAACAUUCAAGUACAAUGAAAUACCAAUAAAUCAAAUCACAGUAAUCAGAUCUCCUUCCUAAUUUAUGCAUGUUUUGAAGAAAGAAACUAGAGUUUCUUCAAAAUCAACUGUAAAAAAUAUAGUAAAAAACUGUCAUUUACUUCAACAUGGCCAUGAUUUGUAAGCCAUGAAGG